ACCGGUGCGAGGAAGAGAGGUGGCCAGGGCAGGCGUGCUGAGGGGAGACGCGGGGACAGAAUGCUUUGAACAGGAGAAACCUGGCGCAACCCAUUUUCCAUAUGAGGAAACUGAGGUACAGAGACACGAAGUGUUAGUGACGGACGCAGGUACUAACUGGGAAGAAAAGUAAGGGAACUAAUACCCAGCAUCAGCAAUGUGUGUACAUCUUGCCAAAGGCAGUGUAAACGUGAUUUUGUCUAAUUCUGGACGACUUUAACCUUUUUUUAACUUGUGCUCCCCCCCGGUCUCUCAGUAAUGUUGAUUACAUUUAUUAGUCCGUGUUUUUAAAAGUUCCAUGCUCUGAACUGUAUUAUUGCCAUUUGUUGGGUUAAGUGGUGGGUGUCCUUGUCCUGAGUUGGCCUGCUGGUCCCCUCUGCAACCAUGACUGUACUGUAAUGGAGAUUGAUGGGCGGCCAAAGGUAAGACAGUUUACAUCCCACCCCCUUACCUGUGAGGUCGAUUCUGGUAUCAUCACUCUUUCCUUUUUGUAUGUGCCGGAAUGGCCUCCCCCUCCUCAGAAGAGAUUUGCUGAAUAAACUGGGAGCUAGUACUCUGAGAACAGGGUGCGGUCCCAGAAGGAACAGAGAUUGCAUCUGUUAGUAGCCCCAGAUGACCCGCCUUUUGGUCAUAAAAAUAGUCCCCAAGAAAUUAGGCAACAGGUAGAUCGUGUGGUUUGGGACAUAUUGGUACCAGGAAAGGCAAAGUAUGCUCCCCCAAUAGAAAUAGAGGAAAAGCCUGGGGGAAAAUACCCUUGGCAGAGGCACUAUCCUUUAAAGCCUGAGGUCUUGAGGCAGGGGAAGGGGUGGGGAUGGGGGCCAACUGCUGCUCACCAAAUUCCUAGAACCUGGGCUCAUUCGGCCCUGCUAGUCCACUUCUCUAAUUCUCCCCAUCCAAAAGCCUCCCGGGGAUAUGGUGAUACUGGUUGGUGCAAGACUUACAAGCAGUGCAUGAGGCAGUCAUCCAUCCCAUUCACCCAAUGGUGCCAAACCUGUACACCGUACUCAAAUGCCAGGGGGUGCUCAACACUUCUCUGUGUUAGACCUCAAGGAUGUAUUUUUCUGUAUCCCCCUACAUCCAGACUCCCAGUACCUUUUUGCCUUUGAAUGGAAGGAACUUGACACCCGGGAAGCUAUUCACUACACUUGGACAGUGCUUCCACAGGGCCUUCGGGACAGCUGCUGUCUUUUUGGAAAUGCGAUAGGAAAAGAACUGAGGGAACUGAGCCUGAAAAAUGGAACUCUGUUACAGUAUGUUGAUGACCUAUUAAUAAGGUCCUAAGGUCCUUUACCUAAAAAAGGUGAAGCCAAGAUUCAGAUCAGAAUACUGUUAAGGUCCUAAAUUUCCUGGCAGAAAGGGGAUAUAAAGUCUCCCCAACAAAGACUCAGAUUUCACAGCAAGAGGUUCAAUAUUUAGGGUUUGUUUUGACCCCCAUCGCAUGAGCCCUGGCCAUAAAUCAGAAAACAGCCAUUAAUGUAUUACCAUUGCCAACCACAAAGAGCUCGGAGGCUUUCUCAGAAUGGCUGGGUUCUGCCGUAUCUGAAUUCCAGAUUAUGGCCUUAUAAUCAAAGCCCUACAGGAAGCUCUAAAGGGAGAAGAAAGGGAACCCCUCUAAUGGAGUAGGGACCACCAGUGGGACUUUGAGACCCUAAAGAUUGAGUUGAGUAGGGCACCAGCACUAGGGCUUCCAAAUUUAGACAAACCCUUCACCCUAUCGAUGAGAGGUCAGGGAUAGCACUAGGAGUCCUGACCCAAAAGCUGGGAGCAGAUCAAAGGCCAGUGGUUUACUUUUCAAAACAACUGGACUCAGCCCCAAGAUGCCCCAGCUGCCUACAGGUGGUAGCAGCCACGGCCCUACUGGUCAGUGAGCCUUCUGAGCUCACCGUGGGACAACACCUAGAUGCAUCAACUCUUCAUCAGGUGCAAUCUGUGUUAGAAGCCAAAGGACACCAUUGGUUAACCAGGGGAAAGUUAGCAAAAUAUCAGGCUCUCCUAAUGGAUACCCCUGAUAUUACUUUAAAGGUGUGCCAAGCCUUAAACCCAGCAACUCUUCUCACAGCUGUCGAAAAUGGAGAUUUAUUGCAUCAGUGUACAGAGACAAUAGAACAAACUUAUUCCAGCAGAUCCAGUCUUCUAGAUGAACCCCUUGACAACCCUGAGGCUGAACGGUUCACUGAUGGGAGUAGUUUUAUAGAGAUGGGAACCCGAAUGGCAGGAUGCUAUAGUUAGCUUAAAUGAAAUCAUAGAAGCCAAGGCCCCACCACCCCAGACUUCAGCCCAGAAAAAUAUUUUUACUGAUUCUAAAUAUGGAUUCCAUGUACUACACGCUCAUGCUGCCAUUUGGAGAGAGAGAGAGGAAUGUUAACUGCUAGAAAUUCUUCCAUAAAACCUAAAGAUUUAAUCUUGGCUCUUUUAGAAGCAGUGCAGCUCCCAACCCAGGUGGCAGUAAUUCACUGUAAGGGCCAUCAGAAGGACGGGUCCUUUAUAAGCCAAGGAAAUAACAAAGCUGAUCAGGCCACAAAACAGGCAGUUCAGUUGCAAGAGCCUGACCAAAUCAUGGCCGCAAGAGCCUGACCAAAUCACGGCCCUAAUGAUUGGCCCCCCUGAACUCCCUGGCCUGCCCCAGUAUUCCCCACAGGAACAAGAGAAUGCUGAAAAAUGGGGCUAUAAGAAAGAAAGCACAGGCUGGUAUAUAAAGGAUGACAAGUUUCUUAUCCCUGGGGCCCAAGAAAGGAGGCUCAUCAAGGGUUUACAUGGUGCCACCUACUGUGGGAGGAAUACACUAUGGGACUUGAUACAAAGGACCUUUUCAGGAAAGGGGCUUAAAGGAACAAUAAAAUGAGUGACCCUUGCCUGUGAUUUGUGUGCCCAUAAUAAUCCGCAGGCCCAUCCAAUCCCUCCUUCAUUACUCAAGCCACUUCAACCCCGUGGGACAUACCUGGGGGAAGACUGACAAUUAAACUUCACCCAAAUGCCCCCACAGUCAGGAUAUAAAUAUAUUCCUGUGUCUGUCAGUACUUUUAUAGGAUGGGUGGAAGCCUUCCCCACUCAAUCUGAAAAGACCACUGAAGUCUGUAAGUCCCUCUUAAAUAAGAAACGAUUCCUCGGUUUGGGCUUCUAAAAUCCCUCCAGAGCAAUAAUCGGCCCUCCCUCAUAGCGAACAUCACCCAAGGCCUAUCAGCCGCCUUGGAAUUAGCUACAAUCUGCACACCUCUUGGCACCUCCAGUCUUCAGGAAAAGUAGACAAAAUGAACCAUACUUUAAAGAAAACCUUAACAAAACUUUGCCAAGAGAUUCAUGAGCCUUGGACCAACCUGCUUCUUAUUGCACUCCUCAGGGUUCACAUAGCCCCCAGGAGUCUCCUGAAGCUUAGACCAUUUGAAGUGACCUAUGAGACGCCCUUCCUUACCACUGGUAUGAGGAAGUGAGCCAGAGGCUACAGUGUGUUAUUAACCUGGGACAGGUUCAAAAGGCAAUCUUGGACUAAGCCAAGAAGGCACUGCCAGGUCCCACUAGGGGUAAAACAGAAGGGGCAGCCCCUCCACAAAUUAACUUCAGGGUCCAGGUUCUUCUUAAAACUUGGAAGGAGGGAUCCCCUGGAGAUCAACUAUUACCAAAAUGAAAGGGCCCCUGUAGAGUAAUUUUAGCCACCCCCACUGCCAUUAAACUACAAGGAAUACCUAGUUAGGUACAUUUAUCUAGAUUAAAACUCUUGCCUCCCAAAACCCCACAGGCCACAACAGAAGAACACACCUGUGAGCCAGUAGAAGACCUGCGAUACUUACUCAAAAACUGAGCACCACUAACAGAUGAGUAAAGGGGGAUGUGGUAGGCUGGACUUCUAUUUGCUUACUUUGUUAUAGUUUUGCUCACAUCUUACCGGUUUGCUCAACCACCCCCAGUGAAAAAGCAACUCUUUUGUCCCUCCUGGGUCUAGAAGACCAGAACCAAUGACGGAGUGGAAAACGUGGGCACUUCUCUUGGCCCUUCUCCUAAAGAGGGGCUGGGGAGAAAAUAAUAAGGGAAGGGGAACCCGGAGAGAAAACUCAGUCGUCAACUAUUCCAGCAUUUUGGCCUCAGGAAAAAAUCUCUCUAAUUGUUGGAUCUGUCAUCCUCUCGCACAAGAGGGGGUUUCUCGGUUCCGGUUUGUGCCUGUAGAUGAGGACAUUAAUCUCAUCCUGACUUCUGAACCCAUUAGGAGCACACCACUUCUAAUAGUGGAACUCGAAGAUCAUGAUGAUAUCGGGUGUGUAGAGCUUACAGACCCUUGGAACCAAACCGGUCUCUGGAUCAAGCGGCCCCUUCUCUGCACAGGGCAAGGAAAACCCUGUUGCCCCUGCCAGACAGAUACCUGCCUUACUGAUACAGGACGCUCACUCUCUAUUUAUCCUAUGUCAUUUUCCACUUCAAGCUCCUCAUGCACUCCUAACCAGACUCAUUGGUGUGUGGACCCAUCUCUGCUCUCCCCAGGGACCCAACCCAACACCUCUUGUACGCACUGGAAGGGAACAGCAGCCCCUUCCUGGAGGCUCACCUAUCAGACCCCAUCUGCCUUCAGUGACGAGGAGGGAAUAGAGGAAAACUCAGAACUAGAUGGAGGACCACUAGACGGAGGGCCUCUGUCCCCCAGAUGCAAUAAUGCACCUAGCUGGGGUUCCCUUUUACGUCGAUGGUUUAAUUCCACUUCACCCCGCCAAGCUUGCACCCCCACUGGACAUCUGUUCCUCUGUGGUCCAUCCCAAAAUAAACUACCCUUCGAAGGGAACCCAAAUUCCUCCUUCUCCUGGCCUCUCCGAGCAAUGGCCUAUCCAUGCUUAGACAAUGUUCACUUCCGGGGAGAAUGCACUUUGGGACGACUGGGCCCUAAAGGACAAGGUGCCACCAUAUAUAAUAAUGCCACCUUUCAAAACAGACAUAGCUGGGUACUCAGACUAAUCCCGGCAGGAAUUGGGGUGGCCAUAGGAGUGGCCGCCCCUGGGGCGUUUUUCCCUAUCACAAAACAACCUUAAGAAACCCACACAGGCCAUAGAGAACCUGGCCUCAAAAACUGGUGAUGGAAAUUCCCUAGUGGUUAGGACUCAGUGAUUUCAUUGCCGAGGGCACGGGUUCAAUCCCUGGUCACGGAACUAAGGUCCCGAAAACCUCACUCGGCGCAGCCCAAAAAAAAAAAAUGGUGAUGCCUUUAAGGGGCCUCCAGGAGUCCCUAGAUUCCUUAGACAAUGUUGUGUUUGACAAUAGGUUAACCCUGGAUUAUCUUAGGGCUGAACAAGUGGGUGUCUAUGCAGUAAUUAACAAAACUUGCAGUACGUACAUCAACAACUUGGGGGAAGUUGAACUAAAUAUUCAGGAAAUUUAUGAACAAGCUAAGUGGUUACAUGGGUUCAGCUACCCCACUGCCCCAACUAUAUGGGACUCGAUUAAAGGUUACAUCCCUAGCAUUACUUGGUUCCUGCGUCUCCUGGGCCCUCUAGUGGCAGUAGUCCUUUUGUUAUUGUUCAGACCCUGCCUGUUUAAUCUUUUAGUUAGAUUUGUGUCUUCCAGGCUUCAGCAGUUCCAAGUUAGGUUCAUGGUGGCCCAGGAAUUUCAACCUGUUCCAUUAGAAGGUGACCCAUGUCCCUUUAGGUCCUUAGAACAGUCAUCAAGGGACUUCUACACCUCUAGGGUAGGCUAGGUUCUGUGGCCCCUGUUCAGCAGGACGUGGCUCCAGAAGAAGAGAUGUUUGGCCCCUUGACCCUUAAGAAUAAUGGGUGUAGGGCUUCCCUGGUGGCAUAGUGAUUAAGAAUCCGCCUGCCAGCGCAGAGGACACAGGUUCAAGCCCUGGUCUGGGAAGAUCUCACAUGCCAUGGA